UUUAUCGCAUUAAUUUUAAUGCCUGAUAGAAAGGAGAGUGAAGAACUCCUCCUGCGUUUUAGGGUCGCAUCGCAUUGGCGCUGCUGGAGCUGGAAGCGGCGGGCGAUGGAUCGUCCCCACAAGAGGCAAGACUGCAUUUUGCAGCGCAUGGAUCCAUGGGCCUACGCUUUCACCGAGCUGGAGAGAUCGCAGCGCGGCGCUGGUACUCACGGACCGCCGCCGCUGGAUGAGGCGUUGGUGCCUCAUUCCAGCCGCGGUCCAAAGCUUUGCUACCUCGACAAGGCCGCGUACAUUGGUCGCUUGAGGAGCUGCGACGCAGUAGAGGGUUCCUAACGACGAUGAGGGAGCAGCACGAAAGCAUUCAGAGGAGGAACAACAAAGUUAAGAACUUUUCACUACACCAGUGGGAAAAAAGUCCGGCAGGAGCUGCAAGAAUCGAUCGUUCACUGGAAGCUGCUACAGGGGCUCGUCUCAUCCUCGUUAGAUACUCUGGAAGCUCACGUAAAUGGAUCUGUUGGGGAUGAACAACAGCCGCCUGGAUCAUUGUUUCUAGGCCAAGGAUGGAGCUGGGGGCAAAUGGUUUCCAUCUGACAGCGUGACUUCGUGCUGGCUUGCCUCUGUACAGCCAAAAGGAUCUCAUCCUUCAAGCUAAUCAGGUACCAACCACAA